UCCGAGGGAAGUUUGUCGUUAUUCGGUUGGUACCACUGCUGCAGCCCAGUUUAUCAGUCAGUCGUGUGCGAGCAGAGGCAGCGGUAAGAUGUGUGGACGCGGGAGCCAGCGUCGAGUUAUAGUGGUAUUAUGCUUCCUCUCCUACCAGUAGCACUGGCCGUCAUCAUACUAGCUGGAAAAGCAACGUCCAAAUACUGCGAUGGCGACUACUUCUGCACUCCCCCCAAAGAAUGCUGUUCUCUCGGAUGUUGCUACCUGUACCCUCCCCCUGCCCCAAACUUCUUCAGUCUUGUUAACUGGAAUCACUGGUAUCUAUGGUGCAUGGGCGUCAUCGGCCUGGCGCUGGUGUGUGUUGUGUGUGGCUGCGGUCUCUGGCGCAAGAGAGACUCACCAAACCAAGACGCAGCGUCGGAGCCUGACAGCGCCGGAUCUUGCUGCCAACCGCCUCACUAUAGCCGGUGCUCCUCCUUCCAUCAGCCUCCCCCACCUCCUUACUCAGAGGUGACAUCAAAGCCAGAUCUGUACCCCUUGGUGAUUAGUUACUCAGACAACGGAAAGUCUGGAGGAGGCAGCUACCUCAUGGUUCAGUACUUCCGCAACUACAUCAUGAGGCCUGUCGGAUCCCUAUCAGCAACCAGCACUGCAGAUUCCCUCAGCUCCAGCCUCUUCUGUAACGCCACAAAUGAGGCCAACAGUCUGGUUCCCCCUCCCUACUCCAGCGCUCCUGAUAGUGUAGAUCAGAUUCAAGCCAGCAACACACCCUUUGACCAGUCACUGAGUUCCUGUCAGGCGCACAGCUGUGUGUUGAUGUCCCAAUGUGAAGCUCCAGGGGGGUUAUCAGCUGUCAGCUCUGUAGGGGGGUUGGGCCCCCUACCCUUGGACUCCCCCCCUCAAGCCACCACUCCAACGUUGGAGGUGCGGCAACUUCUGCACAAAAUCAACCAGUUGCCCCACCACCAGAGUGGAGGAAGUGGGAGCAGCAGUAGGUUGAAGCUGUACAUGCCGCUAACCCGAGGUCGUCAUUGGCUCAGCCGCUCCGCCCCAUCCACCCCGUCCUCCCGUCUCACCCCCGCCAUGCCGUUUCCCCUCCCCUCCGGAGAGAGCAGCCCGCUCCUCCAGCCUGACCAGGAUCACGACACCACCUUCUAGCCGCACACUCAGUGUUACGUUGUCAAACAUUUUCCACUUCGAGGUUUCGACACCAGUUUUACCGCUAAGGUGUAUGUGCUGAUUUAGUUUGAAAAUAUGUACUGCAACAAAUUAUUAAGUUUUUUGAUCAGGUAUGGUACAUUGGUAUUGGCUCUUGGUUAAGAUUCAAGGAUGGUUAGAUCAGUAGGCUUACCUCAUGAAUGUGAUUGCUUGCUGAUUACACAAUGAAAGAUUAAAUCCAAUUUACACAAAACUAAGUUUUUUAAGACAGUUCUAUCUAGAAUCCUUGUAUCCUCACUAAAACUGGUUUCAAAAAAUCAAUUAGUUUGAUUUAUUUAAAUGUUUCAAUGAGUAAGAAAUAUGGCAUUUUAGUAAGAUGUUGUGUAGGCAGCAGUGCUUAAUUCAUGCAGUUUUAACCCUUAGAGUGCCAGGCGAGAAAUAAAAGUAACGCUCAAAAAAUGCCGAUGAUUUUUCCCGAAGGUCGCGCUAAAAAUGCCGAGCGCGAUCUGGCGAUUUUUAGGUUAAAAUUUCGUAAAAAUCGAAUUUUCGAUAUUUCGACCAACGAAAAUCAAUGUAUUGCAUCUAGUAACUUUCGACUCAAUGUUAAUAUAUGGGUUAAAAGAAUCCGAGUAUCCAUUCGGUUGUUAUGACAACUGUUCGAUCAUUACGAAACGUCCGGUCAGCCGGACGUUGGCACUUUUGGCUCGUUCUAAAAACGUCCGGUCGGCCGGACGUCGGCACUUUUGGCUCGUUUUAAAAACGUCCGGUUCCCCGGACGUUGGCACUCAAAGGGUUAAUUUUGAUUAGAUUUGAUCAUGUACAAAAGGGACUACAUCAGCAUUUAAAAAAAGAACAACUUCACAACAGAGAACUUUUCACCCUUUUUAACAUGUAAUACUUUCUACUACAUAUACCGUAAAAUUGGUCCUCUUAUUACUUGACUAGUAUUUGGCAGUAUUGUAUAACAGGUAAGCCCACGGAUACUAUCAAAAUCCCAAUCUUAGGUAAUGUUCGUUGUUUCAUAAACCUUGUUUUUAGAUGUAAUGUUAGCUGUGUAAGAUUAUUUCCUAUUGAAUAUCGUUUAGAGUCCAGUAAAUACUGUCAAUUACAUAAGUCUUUACCAAAGCUGUCUCAAAAUCAAAGCAUAACCUAUGGCAUGUUGAUUUUAGAAGCAAGAACAGUUGUCUUGUUACAAAUGUUUCCAAGGCAUAAUUUGUUUAUGACAAUUGGAUUUAGUCACAUGUGUUAAGCUACUCAGUUAAAUUACAAAAUAUUUGCUGUAAAUAUCUAAAUUUGUACAGAAGUUUUUGAAAUCGUAUACUUUUAUAACGAUCCCUUGUUUUUCAAUGUUAAUAAAAGAAUGUACUUACGAUUGUAAAAUUGGUUGACAGUAUGUUUUCAACAACCAAAAUGGCGAGAUAUUACUGUAAUUGUUAAUAUAUGAUACUUUGACAAGCUUUUGUACAGAGAAGUAGUUUGAUUUUGCAAUUUCUCCAAGCUAAAUAACUGACUUGGGUGAUUUUAAUAUGUGAUUUUGCCAAGAGAUUUUGAACUUGUACACUUACGUAGGUAGUCUUAAAGUUGCUUGAUUAUAGAAAUGUGAUCACUAUUGAACUUUAUAUCUUAUUAAAUUAUUUAUAUAGAACAUUAUUUUGUAUUGGACUUAGAUUUUAAAAAUACCGUCACUUUUAAUACUUUUUGUAUAGCAAUUGUCAUUUUUUAUGUCAAAUCAUCUUUGAAUUGACAAAUAUUAAAAAUACAAAAUUACUUUGAGCAAAUCCAAAAAUUAUUUUGUCUUUGUAUAACUUGAGCCGGUUUUAAGCUGGGUUUCAUUUUAUAAAGUUCUAGAGGUUCUAGACUUAUUAACUGUUAAAUAAUAAUGAUAAAGACAUGCUUAUCAUGAUAUGAAUUUCAAUGUGUUCCUCUUAUCCUUUAUAUUAAUUUUGUUUAUGUUUAGUUUUAAUAAAAACAAAAAGUUUGCUGAAAGUGCUACCUCAUGACAAGAAAAAGUGGUUUUCACUAUUGGAUUUAUGUGAUUGGCUGCCAUGUUAUUAAAAACAGAGAUAUAUUUCGUCAGAGGCAGAAUAUUGGAAGUGCUCAAAAAAAUUUUACAUCUUUAAGUCUGCUUCCAAGGGGUGGAAUUGAAAAAUCAACAGACUUAAAGUUAUCCCAUGUUUCAUAAUAAUAAACUACUAAACAUUUUUUUUCUUUUCAAACAAACCUUUUUAAGUGUAGAUUGCUCAUUUUCACCAAAUCAACCUAUUAAACUUAAGAAGUUUAUUCUAAAAUGAAAAUAUCAUUCAUUAUUUUUGUAAAUGUCUAAGUUUAAUCCUCUAUUUCUCAAGUGUUUAUAAUAGUUAGUACUUAACUCUAAUACAUCGAUAGCUUAAUUUUUAGUUUGUUUGGCCAUUGUAAAAGUGUCAUGUGUAUGAAGUAGUGUAGAUUUUCCAAACCAAAUUUACUCAAUUUUACCUUAGCUGAGAGUUUACUUGUGACCAGUUGUGUGAUAUACCGUACACUGCUUAAUUUAAGACAAGUGUGAACUAUUGGCAUUUUAACUUAGAAUUAUCGUGAAAUUCACUAUAGUAAAUUCUAAGUUACAGAAUAAACUUGUAUAUUCGCAAAGUCAUGCAACUAUACAAAAACACAAAAAGAAUUAUUUAUCAUUUAUACAAAAAAUGUUAUUUAACAUACGGUUUUUAUAUUUAAUAUAGUAUAGAUUCAAAAUUUGCAAACUUAAUAAUAUUUUUGUUAAUUUGUCUCAUGUUAUUUCUAUCAUGUGUAUUGACCAACUCAUUAAGUUUUGAGUUGAUUGACAAAACUCUACUACUCAUCAUCAAGAAUAAGAAUCAACUGCUAAAGAAAACAUUGAAAUGCACAAUGUUACCUUUGGUUACAUUUUAAGAUUAAUUGAAAUAAAAAUCUCGCUUAUACUAAACUAUUUUUGCAAAAGCACAAUACAGACCAGUAUUUAGUUUUAACCAAAGAUUUUCACAAUACAGUAGAACCUCGAUAGCAAAUUUCUCAAGGGAAAGACUUAUUAUCAAGGUAGACUUAUUAUUGAGGUUUGCAAUAACAUGAGAUUAGGACUAACACUAAAUCGUGGGUAUUUGCAUAGACAAAAGAAUUAAAUAUAGACUGACAGCAUAGUGCUGCGGUUAGCAUAUAUUCUAGCGUCCACCGCUAGGAAUGCCGUGUAGUUUCGGCGCAAUGCGCACACAGCUGCAGCGUCAAGUGCUAGUGUCAGUCGAUAUUUAAUUAUUUUGUCUAUGGUAUUUGUAAAUGCCACUUCUUGUCAAGGGUGUCUUGCUAUUGAAAGUUUGUUAUUGAGAUUACUGUGUUAAUCUAACUGUGAUAUAGGUUUCCUGCACAUAUUUUCUCCUCAAUUUCAGUUUUAAAUAGAUUUUUAACAAGGCCACUAAUUAAUGUCAUGCAACAACUAAAAAAAAUAUAUUAAUAAGAAGAGCUCAAAUAAGGUAACAGAGGCUCUUGUUUGUUCUCUAGGUUUUAUGUUAUAAAGCUCGCACACAAGAAAUGGUUAUAAAAAUAAAUAAACUCAGAGGUAUGGAUAGAAUCUGAAAUAAUUGGAAUAGAUGGUAUAACGAAGCCUUAGUUUGGCAGCCAGAAAACGGUUAGCUACUUUCCAACAUGCACAUCAGCUAUCUGCAGUGACGUAAAAUCCUUAUGUUACAUUAUAAUCUAAUGGCACUGUAGCUUGGAUGUAGUAACAAAUUUCAAAAUGCAAACUGUGAUCAGACAUUAUAAAUGCAUCAUUGUGCUUGAUAAUAUUGUAUUAAGAUUCAUCUAAACACAAAUAUUUGUAUUUUGUCAAGAUGGAUUUACAUGUACAAUUAAAACCCCAUAGUUUCCCACGUUUUAAACUGUUCUUUCUUUUUUAUAAAAUGAUUUUGUGUUGUUUAAACAAAAUUUUAACAAGCUGCAGUUUUUGUACAGUGCUUUCAGGUAGAAAACUGUUAAAUUUUAAUGGCGCUAUAGUGAAAAUAAAAUUUACAAAUAUUCUACAAUGA